GCCAGGCCUUACGGAGCGGCCCGAAGCAGCCACGUUGAGGGCGAAGAGGCAGCGGCUCACGGAGACUGGCGGCCCCGGCAGUCCAAGCAAAUAUAUCAUAAUGGCAGCAGAUUCUAUGGAAAUUGAUGAUGCCCUUUACAGUCGGCAGAGGUAUGUUCUUGGUGACACAGCAAUGCAGAAGAUGGCUCAAUCCCACGUAUUUUUAAGUGGAAUGGGUGGCCUUGGAGUGGAGAUCGCUAAGAACAUAGUUCUUGCAGGAAUAAAGGCUCUUACCAUCCAUGAUACCAAGCAGUGCAGGACAUGGGAUUUAGGAACAAACUUUUUUAUUCGUGAAGACGAUAUUCUGAAUCUAAGGAACAGAGCUGAGGCAACGCUUCAUCACAUUGCAGAGCUGAACCCCUAUGUCCAGGUGAUAUCAUCAGUUGCUCCACUAAAUGAAUUUACAGACAUCUCUUUUCUCAGGCAGUACCAGUGUGUCAUAGUAACUGAGAUGAAGCUGUCACUGCAAAAGAAGAUAAAUGACUUCUGCCAUGCACAACACCCACCUAUUAAGUUUAUAAGUGCGGAUGUGCAUGGAAUAUGGGCCCGUCUGUUUUGUGAUUUUGGUGAUGAAUUUGAAGUCUUGGAUACCACAGGAGAGGAACCAAAGGAAAUCUUCAUUUCUAACAUAUCUCAGUCCAGUCCUGGUAUUGUCACUUGCCUUGAGAACAAUCCCCAUAAGCUUGAAACGGGACAGUUCGUAACUUUCCGGGAAAUUAAUGGAAUGUCGUGUUUAAAUGGAUCCACGCAUCAGAUAACUGUGAUAUCACCAUAUUCUUUUGGUAUUGGAAAUACUGCAGAGAUGGAACCUUACCUACAUGGUGGCAUAGCUGUCCAAAUAAAGACACCUAAAAUAUUUCAUUUUGAACAGCUGGGGAAGCAGUUGAUUAACCCAACAUGCCUCAUUGCAGACUUCAGCAAACCUGAGGCACCUCUGCAGACUCAUAUUGCCAUGCUUGCCUUGAAUCAGUUUCAGGAGAAUUUUGCUCGUAUGCCAAACAUUGGGUGCCUUCAGGAUGCUGAGGAAAUGCUGAAGAUCGCACUGUCCGUAAGCAAAACAUUGGAAGGCAAACCUCAAGUUAAUGAAGAUAUUGUGAAAUGGCUAUCAAGGAUGGCUCGGGCCUCUUUUGCACCCCUCACAGCAGCACUUGGUGGUGUUGCCAGUCAAGAAGUCUUGAAAGCAGUGACAGGAAAGUUUUCUCCCCUGCAACAGUGGUUGUAUAUUGAUGCAUUAGAAUUGGUCACGUUUCUAGAAAAUGCCACUGUUGAAGAAUUCCUUCCAAGGGGAGAUAGAUAUGAUGCUUUGAGAGCCUGCAUUGGAGACCGAUUGUGCCAGAAGCUGCACAGUCUGAACGUUUUCUUAGUUGGUUGUGGUGCAAUAGGCUGUGAAAUGUUAAAAAAUUUUGCACUCCUUGGAGUCGGCAGUGGCCAAGAAAAAGGCAUGGUUACAAUUACAGAUCCUGACUUAAUAGAAAAAUCAAACUUAAAUAGGCAGUUUCUCUUUCGGCCACAUCAUAUACAGAAGCCCAAAAGCUAUACUGCGGCGGAGGCAACACUUAACAUCAACCCUCAGAUGAAGAUAGAGCCAUAUCUUAACAAAGUGUGCCCAGCUACUGAGAACAUAUACAAUGAUGACUUCUACACCAAGCAAGAUGUAAUUGUAACUGCACUAGACAAUGUGGAAGCGAGGAGAUAUAUUGACAGUCGCUGCCUAGCAAGCCUGCGCCCUCUUCUAGACUCGGGAACCAUGGGAACUAAAGGGCAUACUGAAGUAAUUGUACCUCAUCUAACGGAAUCUUACAACAGUCACCGAGAUCCACCUGAAGAAGAAAUACCAUUUUGUACGUUAAAGUCUUUCCCAGCUGCCACUGAACACACGAUACAGUGGGCAAGAGACAAGUUUGAAAGUGCUUUUUCACACAAACCUUCCCUAUUUAACAAGUUUUGGCAAACUUAUCCAUCAGCAGAAGAGGUGUUACAGAGAAUAAAGUCUGGAGAGAGUUUGGAAGGCUCAUUCCAAGUGAUUAAGUGCCUCAGCAGAAGACCAAGAAGCUGGUCCCGAUGUGUUGAAUUAGCAAGAUUAAAAUUUGAGAAAUAUUUUAACCAUAAGGCCCUUCAGUUGCUUCAUUCAUUUCCCAUUGAUACACGAUUAAAAGAUGGCAGUUUGUUUUGGCAAUCACCAAAGAGGCCGCCUUUUCCAAUACAGUUUGACUUCAGUGACCCUUUGCACUAUAGUUUCAUAUUGAGUACAGCAAAACUAUUUGCAGUAAUUUACUGUAUCCCUUUUACAGAAAAGGAUAUGUCAGAAGAAACCAUUUUGAAGAUAAUUUCCAGCCUGAAGGUUCAAGAGUUUCGACCUUCUAAUAAAGUUGUACAAACAGAUGAAACAGUGAGGAAACCAGAUCCUAUUCCAAUAAGCAGCGAGGAUGAAAGGAAUGCUGUUCUUCAAUUGGAGACUGCCAUAUUGGCUAAUGAAGCUACAAAAAAUGACCUACAAAUGAAGGAACUGAGUUUUGAAAAGGAUGAUGACAGUAAUGGCCACAUAGAUUUCAUAACAGCGGCUUCCAAUUUGCGAGCAAAAAUGUAUAAUAUUGAACCAGCAGAUCGAUUCAAAACAAAACGCAUUGCUGGAAAGAUUAUUCCUGCGAUUGCAACUUCUACAGCAGCUGUGUCUGGUUUGGUUGCUUUGGAAUUGAUCAAAGUAGUGGGUGGCUACCCUUUUCAAGCGUAUAAGAACUGCUUUUUCAACUUGGCCAUUCCAAUAAUGGUCUUCACAGAAACGGCUGAAGUGAGAAAAACAGAAAUAAGAAAUGGGAUAUCUUUUACGAUCUGGGAUAGAUGGACUGUUUAUGGGAAAGAUGACUUCACGCUCUUGGACUUCAUAAACGCUGUUAAAGAAAAAUAUGGAAUUGAGCCAACUAUGGUGGUUCAGGGAGUUAAAAUGCUAUAUGUUCCUGUCAUGCCAGGGCAUGUCAAAAGAUUAAAGCUGACGAUGCAGAAACUUGUGAAACCAGCAGCCAAUAAGAAAUAUGUGGACCUCACGGUAUCAUUUGCUCCAGAAACAGAUGGUGAAGAAGACUUGCCAGGACCACCAGUUAGAUACUAUUUUGCCCAUGAAAAUAACUGACUGUUACCAGUAGCAGGACCACAUGAAAGGAGUGGGGCACUAUCCUUUAAAUAUAUAUAUAUAUAUAUGGUACUAUAUACUUGGUGAAGCCUUAAUUCAGAAACAGUGGAAGUCAGUGACCUGUUCCAAGAAGCUCUCUAACAAAUUGGAUUUGUAAUUUAUCUGUCUAGCAUUUCAUAGCUAUCUGUACAUAAGGAGGACUUGAAGCUUGCUGGAAAGUAUGGUUCCUUUUGAAGAAAACACACUUUUGUUAAUCUCUGUGGGAAAACCAGAAUGGCAAACAGAAAAUCUGCACUGCGGAAGCUGAGCAUUAACAAAAGGUGGCAAUUAAGAUUUGGAGAAACUGCCAGACAUCAUCAUCAGACUGAUUUCGUUUAUUUUUCUUUUUUUGCUAUUUCCCCCCUCUGUAUCUUAGGCCUAAACCAGUUGAUCCUAAUGAUCCGCUACGAUAAAAUGAUUCAUCUUCGUGUUUGUUCUCUUCUAAAGCAGAUUAAGUGUUGCUUUAGAGUAGAAUCACAGCAAGAGGAAGCUGAGCUCUAUAAAGCUGUGGUUUUUGUUUUUCUGAAAAGUUUGUCUUUUCUGUUAUAUCGGAACCCAUACAACGUGAAGGAAAUGCAACUUAGGUUUCCAUGGCUGCUUUUUCAUACAAAAGAAAUUGGAUAUUCUGAGUAAUACCUUGGUCGCUUUAGCUUUUGGCUGAAAUGUGUCAGCUGUCAUAUCUUUCCUUCAAACAUGUCAGCUGCCACGUUCUUCUUAAACAUUAAAGUUUAUGAUAAUGGUAUGUGUCCUCCAUAGGGCCAAAGUAGGACAUGCCUGGCAGUACAGUGUAUUUGUAAACCUUGAUCUGCUUCAAUCACAUAGAAAGAAGAAGAUUUGGUUGUAUUAACAGCAAAAGGGGAACAUAGCUGAUCCACCCACUAUCUCUAUUUCCCUCCCUGCAAAUCCCUCAUUCUACUGUGGGAAAGUAAGCCUCUGGUGGGAAGAGAAUUUAGCACCUCUUUUGUUGUUAAAAUUGGACACAUACCUGCCCCAUUCUUACAGAAUUAGGGCAGAUUCGGGUUUAAAUACAGUUUUACAUCUCUAAGACGGUGAAGUUUACCAUCAGUGAUGUUUCUCUGCCAGUGGUGGUAUUUAAUUUUACAUAACACCCUUGGUAGAAUGUAGAUUUAGAAGGUUUCACAGAUACUGACCUGGUUCGCACAUUCACCGUGGGUUAAAGAAGCAAUGGUGGCUUAAGCUGUGAUGUAUUCUGGGUGCCGUUGGCCUAAUCGCCUGCUGGGGCAUAGCUUGUCAUAUUGUCCAAACCCAGGUGGAAUGGCUUGUUGGAUGAGGAAACAACCUUCAAAUAUUCCAACAGCAUCCCAUGGGUUGAAGGUUGUUUUUCUCUUCCAUCAGAGCAUGCCAUCUGGAUUUAGAUGACACACCAAGCUGGGAUGCGUGAUUCGGAAAAACUGCCCAGCACUGCAGUUUAAAUGAGCCACCAUCAGAUAUUUCGCCCAUGGUGAUUGUGCGAACUGGUCCCCUGUGGCCAUAAUCAGACAUGGACCUCAGCAUGCUUAAACAAUGUGCUCAACUCUAUGUUGGGUUAUGUCUUCUUGUGGUUUUUGUAUAGGCCGUUUCUUUUAAAACAACAUGCUCUUUCUUCUCUUCAUGUGAUAUUCUGUAAUGCAUCUUGGUAGAAAUAUGUUUAAGCUGUAAUGAGUAAUUACAAAACAGCUUAUAGAUAUCUCAAUUUUAAGUAGUCCAAUAUAAAGUAUACUGGGAGGGGAGAAAUAACUUUGACAGUAGUAGUUGGUGAAGCGCUACAGAAGCAUCAUUGAACCAUUUUUGCUUCCUCAUGUAUGUAGGUGGGUAAAUGAUUGCCUUACUAUACACACACACACACACACACACAUACACACCCCAUACCAGAGAUGUCAGGUCUGCUUUCAACAUGUUUAGCUCUUUAAGAAAGCCUCAUGGGUUCAAACUAUGUUCCUAAAGUACUUUGUCAAGAGAGAUGUGAUUAUAUUAUGUUUUCAAACUUUUGUGUUAUUAUGCAGAUUAUGAUGACAUACAACUUGUCUGUUUUCCUGUUUCUGUAGGCACUUGAGCACCAAAGAUGUACUUAUUCUCUGAGCUGCAACCCAUGUCAAAGUUAUUCCAAUAUUUGGGAGUUAGUCUUAAAAUGUAAUAACUCUUCACAAGUGGUGUUGUAUUUUCCUAAAUAUAGUUUACAAUUUGUUAUAGUUUAAUGGAAUUCAUUUUGAUUACUGGCUGAUUAAUUUAACUUUUUUUUUUUUAAAAAAAAGCAAUGUGCGUGGGGAUAGGUAUGUGUGGGGUAGAUAUGGUAUAUGUUGCCGUGCUGGCAUAGAUAUCAAAUUACAUUUUUGACUGAGGUGGGUAUAUCUUUUUGUUUUAAAUAGUUUUGGACAAAGUGAACAGUGAGCUCAAAAGGUUUAGAGGCUGGGUAGUAAUAAAACAAGGAUUGCUGUUACUAACUUCCAGUGGGAUGUAAUGAUUUUUUAAAACCAUCUAGGUGUGAUCAUGCUAGCAUUUUCCCCCUUCACAGUUACUAAUCAGCGUUCAAGAGUAGCAACGAGACUGUCUUUGCAUUUGCAAAACUGCAUUUGAUGUCAUACAUCAGUGGGCUUGAAACUGAAGAACCUUUCCCAGCAAGUCUUCCUUACAGACCUUACAGUAUAGAAACCUACAGAACAGGGGGCAGAAUCAACACAAAAUCUCCCUACCUGUUGUGCAGUCACUUCGUUUUAUCUUGAGGAUUAUUCUGCUCACCUAGGUGAUCUCAAAUAAAGAGUGCUUUCAGUUUAAAGAGAAAACAUAUACAAGGACUCUAUACUUCCAGUUUAUCUCUGAAUUUAUUUCAAUACAUUUGAAGGAGUGGUUUUUAUUUGUGUACACAAUAUGAUGUAUAGCCAAAGCAGUUAUGAGAGCUGCUUUUUGUCUUUUUCAUAUUAAAUAAUUUGAAAACAUAAAA